UGUCCCCAGAUCCAAGCUGCUCCCAGGCUUGCCCAGAGGAUGGGGCCUGUGACCAGUGCCCUCUUAGCUGGCUUGAUCUGGCCCCAUCCCAGACCUGGGAGCGCCUGUCCCAUGGCCUGAGGAGGACAGGAUGGUCAGGGAAGCCCCAGGGAUGAGCCCUUUUGUCCACAAGCUUCCUUCUGAGAUGGCCAGGCUGCCUGUACGACCCCACAGCCCCCAGCUCCCGUGAACAGUGGGGAUGGGGCAGGCCCCUCUCUGGUGGACAGGAUCUUCUAGCCCCUUAGCAGGUUUGCUCUGUCCCCUGUGAGAAGGGACCUCCCAGAUGGAGGGGCAUAAGUGUUGGGUCGUGGCUAGGGUGCUCCUCCUUCCUGGCUGUGGGGGUCUCAGCACUGCCUCCUAACCCUGCCGCACGCACACCAGGGAGGUCUUUAGAGGCAGGUACUGAGCCCCGGGGCUGGGGUGUCAGGAGCAGGGAGCCAGAUGGUAGGUGGUCUUGGGUGACUGCUGGCCCUGGGGUGAUAGUGAGGAAGGCAGGUGGGCAGAUGCAGGAAGGAGCUGAGGAGAGAAAAGCUGCUGGCCUCCACAGAGGGUCUGGGAUGCUGAGCUCUUGAGCCUGGGAGCCGCCUACAUGUGGUCUGCCUCCAUAGUGGCACCGCAGAAGGGUUGGCAGGCAGGCACAGGUGGAGGCCCCGCUCAGAUGAGGCGGCUACGCCAGGGCAGUGCCAUGCUGGACAAAGGGGCUGCCUUGGAAGCAGGGGAGGACAUACCCCAGACCCUCGGGUUGGGGCCCUACAGAGGGGGUACUGGGGCUGCAGGCCCUGGGCUCACAUCCAGCGCCAGGGGAGAGGUGGAGUGGGCGGGCACAACCGUCUCCCCUGCCGGGCUCCUCUGUACUCCUCUCCCUUGGGGGGCAGCCCUUGGCAAGUUGGGGGCUGGUUUCAGGCACAAGAAGUGAGGCCAGGGAGGAAGCCCUGCCCGUGUCUGGCUCAGUUGUGUCCCAACUCUGGUGGGCUCCCAUGAGGGCAGCCUCUGGGAGGGUGGCACUUUGUGAGCCAGGGCUGGAGAGCUGCCUGGCUGUGCUAAAAAUACAGGCUGUACUGCAGACAGGUGCUGUCUGGGCACCGGCCACCCUGUCUCAGGCUGAUGGCCUUGGCAACCUACCCUGCUGCCCCCUGAUGCGGGGGCCCACUGAGACUUGGUCUUGAUUCCCAGAGGCUCCACCAGUGACCCACCCCCAGACAUCUGUUCUCUGCCCAUUCCCCCCAAGGGCAAGGCUGGGCACAGGGUACACUGGCUCGUCUUGUUGGAAAGGUCCAGUGGCAUACAGCCGCAGUGAAUCGGCCAGUGGGUCUCACAGACGUGGCCGCCAGCCUGGGCUGGCUGGCUGUGGCUGAGAGUCUGGGCUCGGAGACAGAGGGCACCUCCACCCCCCUCAAAGCAGAGGGAUCACAGCGCCAGAGACAGCCCCCACCCCACAGCAGGAGGGUGACACUGUCCGCUUGCAGCAUUGGCUUUUCCUGCCCCAAGUCCUUCAUCUCAGUUGCCAGCCCCAUCUCGGGUCUCGGCAGGUGGGUGUCCCCUGCUAGCAGAGACCUCCAGUCUGUUCUGCGGCUGCCUGUAGCGAGUCCACCUCUGGCUAAAGAGAGGGAGGAGGCCCCGGCCAGCAUGACCCUGGCUGUGGCCAAUUAUGGUGGGCUCCUGGCAAGGAGGCUGCGUGUGGCUCUGGUGGAGGUGGACAGCUUGGCAGGGGGUGGGGCCUGCACCCCUAAGGAGCAGUGCCCCACCCAUCCCCCCUGCAGGCAGACUGCCGAGUUGGCCUCCCCUGCCUGUGCCAUUCUGUGGGGAAGGGCCCUGUGCAGAGGAGGCUGGAGUUGGGGAGUUCAGCCAGGCCAGGCCUCGGCCCUCUUGGGUGUGCCACGGGCAGAAGCUGAGGUCUGUGCAUGGAUCCCGGGAGCCGGAGCCGCCAAGAGCCUCCCCUGGCUGGUGGAAGAGCAGGCAGUGGGAAGCUGCUGGGGCAGGAGGGGUGACCUCCCUCCAGGGUAUCCCCCAGUGGGGAUGGGAGGGUCUGCAGAGGUCUGGAGAGUCAAGGGUCAUGAUCAGGGUGGGGCUGUGGAGCUGGGCUGGCCGGUGGACCUGUGACCACCUGGACCUGCUCUGGGUGAGGCACAGUCAGCGCUGGGCUGACCGGAAGUGGCCUUUGCUGGGUGGGUCCUCUGGACAAGGGGGCUGCUGCCAUCACAGGAGCCUGGCACAGAUUCUCUCGGCUUCUUGCGUUUUGUUACUCACUCAGCCAUUUAGUCAAAGCUGAAGCUGGUAGGGGUCGGGCCCAGCACAGGAAGAGCACAGGCUGGGGCUGCCCUCAGAGGCCCCACUGAGGGGAAUGGUGCCACAGGGGCCCAUGGGAGGGCCUGGGUCACCCUGGGUGGUGGCUGGGCUCCUAGCUCUGUGGGGCCUUGGAGCACAGGGUGGGGCUGCUCUCUGCCACCUGUGGCAGCUGAUGAUGUGGAGGCCCAGCCAGGAGGCUGCAGGGGAGGGCAGAGCCAGCCACUUUACCUGAUGGCUAUGGAGACGCCCAUAGGACCCUUCCCCUUAUCUGGGGCUCACUGGUGACAUAGGCAAAAGAAACCCCUCGUGCUGGAGCCUGCCCUGUCCCAGGCUUGGUGCACACCUUGGGAAGGUCUCAGAGGCUCCAGGUGAGGGAGGCAGUGUCACCCAACAGGUGAGGCCUCUGGACAGAUAAGGCCAUGCGGGUUUUCCCUGAAGCAGCAGAGCCCAGCUGCUGGGUGGGCUCCUUUUAGUCACUGACAGGGAAAGCUGUGCUUUUAUUUUCUAUUUUCUGUUUGAGACGGCGUCCCACUCUGUCGCCCCGGCUGGAGUGCAGUAUCUCAAUCUCGGACCACUGCAGCCUCUGCCUCCAAGGUUCAAGCGGUUCUCCUGCCUCAGCCUCUGAGUAGCUGGGACUGCAGGCAUGCACCACCAAAACACAGCAGCUAAUUUUUGUAUUUUUACUAGAGACAGAGUUUUACCAUGUUGGCCAGGUUGAUCUUGAACUCCUGACCUCAGGUGAUCCACUCGCCUCGGCCUCCCAAAGUGCUGGGAUUACAGGUGUGAGCCACCAUGCACGGCCAGGGAAAGCUGUGCUUUUAAAACAGCACCCAUUCCUGUGGAAGCCCUAGUGGUCCUGGGUGGGGUGAGGAAGGAGAAUUGCAGAGGCCAAGCUGGCCAGGUUUGUACCCCUGAGAAUCAGGAGUCCUGCCUGUGUUCCGACUCACAGCUGGGCACGGAUUGGGAGUGCAGCCCUGCAGGCAGAGCCCCUGCGCUGGACUCAAUCUCUGGAGUGGGUCUGGGCUCCCCGCCGGGCCUCACUAGGGGGACAACCUGAGGGGCUCAGACCCCUGAGCCAGAGCAGCAGUGGGGGCUUUGCUGUGGGCCCUCCUCGUCACCCACCUGCAGGCUCCCCUGGGCCAGGAUGCUUCCUGAACUGGCUGGGCUAGAGAUGGAAGGUGCUGGACUGCAUUUUGGUCCAGGUGGAGGGCUGGCGUGUGGACCUGGGCAGUGGAGGAUGUCAGCCACAUCUAGCCAGCCUCAGGUGCUGCUCCAGUUUCCCAGGACUGUGGUGUCUCUGCACCUUUGCCUCAGACAGUGCCCCUGGGCUGCCUCCUUUCCUGGCCGUGGGGUCCUAGUGGUUCAAUGAGAAAUGAGUGAUGGUGGCCCUCCCCUCCCCUAUCAGACAGGGCCUUACUCUCCUGGCGAGGCUGGAGUGCGGUGGUGCGAUCACAGCCAGCUGCAGCCUCCACCUCCUGAUUUUCCCUCUUAACUUCACGUCCACUCUUGUUAACGAGGCCGUGCUGCAGGCCGGCACGCUGGAGAGCAGCGGCCCACGAUGACUCGUGUCUGAAGCGUGAGCUCUAGGGGUCAGCGCCCAGCCUGGGGAUGAGCAGUCCUGGGCCUCGAGCCCUGUGGCUUCAUCCCCAACUCCAGCAGCCUGGAUUUGCACCUUUUAUAACCGGAGCCACCUGGCAUGGCUUUUGCAUUUGGCUGCACCCCCUCCCCAUCUGCUGGUGAGCUCCAGCCUGCGCUGUGUGCUGGGCGCGUCUGCUUGGUUGGGACUCAGCCCCGUGUCAGGACCCAGUGGCCCCUGAGGACCCAGGAACCUGCCUCUGCUUGAGUGUCCAGCCUGUUGUGAGUCCCUGGCAUGGCCGGGGCCACUUUUCCAGAGAAGCUCCGUGGUACUUUAUGGCUCGCCGUACUGUCCCUGAUAUGCAGGACCAAAGCGGGUGGCCCCUGGGAACAGUGUCUGGGAGAGAUGCCUGCUUGUCUUGCAUAGCACCUGCCACAUUUACCAUUUUUCUGUUGCGCUGUCUGACGUUUUCAUGUGGGUCGUAAGAGCUCCUCACCCUGUGUGGACACCAGUUCUCUGAGGGUCAUGUGCCACGGUGCCAGUUCACAUGCUGCUGCCUAUCCACCUGUGUCUCAAGCAGCCCCGCCCACCAUGGACCCAGACCCCCAGGCGGGCGUGCAGGUCGGCAUGCGAGUGGUGCGCGGUGUGGACUGGAAGUGGGGCCAGCAGGACGGCGGCGAGGGUGGCGUGGGCACGGUGGUGGAGCUUGGCCGCCACGGCAGCCCCUCCACACCCGACCGCACGGUGGUCGUGCAGUGGGACCAGGGCACGCGCACCAACUACCGUGCUGGCUACCAGGGUGCGCACGACCUGCUGCUGUACGACAACGCCCAGAUCGGCGUCCGGCACCCCAACAUCAUCUGUGACUGCUGCAAGAAGCAUGGGCUUCGGGGCAUGCGCUGGAAGUGCCGCGUCUGCCUAGACUACGACCUCUGCACGCAGUGCUACAUGCACAACAAGCACGAGCUCGCCCACGCCUUCGACCGCUACGAGACGGCCCACUCACGCCCUGUCACACUGAGUCCCCGCCAGGGCCUCCCGAGGAUCCCACUCAGGGGCAUCUUCCAGGGAGCAAAGGUGGUGCGAGGCCCCGACUGGGAGUGGGGCUCACAGGAUGCGGGGACUCUUUCCCCAGGAGGAGAAGGGAAGCCAGGCCGUGUGGUGGACAUCCGUGGCUGGGAUGUGGAGACAGGCCGGAGUGUGGCCAGCGUGACGUGGGCUGACGGUACCACCAACGUGUACCGUGUGGGCCACAAGGGCAAGGUGGACCUCAGGUGUGUGGGCGACGCAGCAGGCGGCUUCUACUACAAGGACCACCUCCCAAGGCUCGGCAAGCCGGCCCCGUUGCAGCGCAGGGUGAGUGCUGAUGGCCAGCCCUUCCAGCACGGGGAUAAAGUCAAGUGUCUGCUGGACACUGAUGUCCUGCGGGAGAUGCAGGAAGGCCACGGCGGCUGGAAUCCCAGGAUGGCAGAGUUCCAUGACCCGCCACAGUUUAUCGGACAGACGGGCACCGUGCACCGCAUCACGGACCGCGGGGACGUGCGUGUACAGUUCAACCAUGAGACCCGCUGGACCUUCCACCCUGGGGCGCUCACCAAGCACCACUCCUUCUGGGUGGGCGACGUGGUACGGGUCAUCGACGACCUUGACACAGUGAAGCGACUACAGGCUGGCCACGGCGAGUGGACGGACGACAUGGCCCCCGCCCUGGGCCGCGUCGGGAAAGUGGUGAAAGUGUUUGGAGAUGGGAACCUGCGUGUGGCGGUCGGUGGUCAGCGGUGGACCUUCAGCCCCUCCUGCCUCGUGGCCUACCGGCCGGAGGAGGACACCAACCUGGACGUGGCCGAGCGCGCCCGGGAGAACAAAAGCUCGCUGAGCGUGGCCCUGGACAAGCUUCGGGCCCAGAAGAGUGACCCGGAGCACCCGGGAAGGCUGGUGGUGGAGGUGGCGCUGGGGAACGCAGCCCGGGCUCUGGACCUGGUGCGGAGGCGCCCAGAGCAGGUGGACACCAAGAACCAAGGCAGGACUGCCCUGCAGGUGGCCGCCUACCUGGGCCAGGUGGAGUUGGUGCGGCUGCUGCUACAGGCCAGGGCGGGCGUGGACCUGCCGGAUGAUGAAGGCAACACUGCGCUGCACUAUGCGGCCCUGGGGAACCAGCCUGAGGCCGCCAGGGUGCUCCUGAACGCUGGGUGCCGGGUGGACGCCAUCAACAGCACACAGAGCACAGCGCUGCACGUGGCCGUGCAGAGGGGCUUCCUGGAGGUGGUGCGGACCCUGUGCGGGCGCGGCUGUGAUGUCAACCUGCCUGACGCCCACUCAGACACGCCCCUGCACUCUGCCAUCUCGGCGGGCACUGGUGCCAGUGGCAUUGUCGAGGUCCUCACCGAGGUGCCCAGCAUCGACGUCACCGCCACCAACAGCCAGGGCUUCACCCUUCUGCACCAUGCCUCCCUCAAGGGCCACGUACUAGCUGUGAGGAAGAUUCUGGCUCGGGCGCGGCAGCUGGUGGACGCCAAGAAGGAGGACGGCUUCACGGCGCUGCACCUGGCAGCCCUCAACAACCACCGCGAGGUGGCCCAGAUUCUCAUCCGGGAGGGCCGCUGUGACGUGAAUGUGCGUAACCGGAAGCUGCAGUCCCCCCUGCACCUAGCGGUGCAGCAGGCCCACGUGGGGCUGGUGCCGCUGCUGGUGGACGCCGGUUGCAGUGUCAACGCCGAGGACGAGGAGGGGGACACAGCCUUGCACGUGGCGCUGCAGCGUCAGCAGCUGCUACCCCUGGUGGCGGAUGGGGCCGGGGGGGACCCAGGGCCCUUGCAGCUGCUGUCCAGGCUACAGGCCUCGGGCCUCCCGGGCAGCUCCGAGCUGACGGUGGGCACGGCGGUUGCCUGCUUCCUGGCGCUGGAAGGCGCCGAUGUGAGUUACACCAACCACCGCGGCCGGAGCCCGCUGGACCUGGCCGCCGAGGGCCGUGUGCUCAAGGCCCUGCAGGGCUGCGCCCAGCGCUUCCGGGAGCGGCAGGCGGGAGGGGGCGCGGCCCCGGGCACCAGGCACGCGCUCGGGACCCCCAACACCGUGACUAACCUGCACGUGGGCGCCGCGCCGGGGCCCGAGGCCGCCGAAUGCCUGGUGUGCUCCGAGCUGGCGCUGCUGGUGCUCUUCUCACCGUGUCAGCACCGCACGGUGUGCGAGGAGUGCGCGCGCAGGAUGAAGAAGUGCAUCAGGUGCCAGGUGGUCGUCAGCAAGAAACUGCGCCCAGGUCAACCCGUCCCAGAUGACACUCCACCCCGGGUCCCCGCUGCCCCCGGGCUCCCAGCUCACACCCGCCCCCCACCCUGCAGACGGCUCCGAGGUGGUGAGCGCAGCCCCUACCCCCGGCCCGCCGCGCCAGCUGGUGGAGGAGCUGCAGAGCCGCUACCGGCAGAUGGAGGAGCGCAUCACCUGCCCCAUCUGCAUCGACAGCCACAUCCGCCUCGUGUUCCAGUGCGGCCAUGGCGCAUGCGCUCCCUGCGGCGCCGCGCUCAGCGCCUGCCCGAUCUGCCGCCAGCCCAUCCGUGACCGCAUCCAGAUCUUCGUGUGAGCCGCGCGCUCGCCGCGCCCGAGCUGCCUUCGCGAGCCCCCGCCGUGUGUUUUAUAAAAAGAUUCUCCGA